GAGCUUCAUGGUACUUAUAUGAAAUGAAACCAGUACUGUAUUUUUUAGAUUAGGGUUUCCCAGCCAGAGUCCCCUGGAACUGUAGGGUUCUGCAAGAAGUUGCUUGCAGUUCUAUGAUAAAGCAUAAUUUGGGGGGGGGGUGCUAUUUUAAAAGGAGCAGAUGUAAUAAUUUUAUGCAUACGUUCUCAUAUAACAGAAUUAUUUAAAUGGUUCCUCCAGGGUAAAACGGCUGAGAAAGGCUGUUCUAGAUUAUGAUGGAUGGGCUUUGGUUUGGGGAAGUCUUGGUUUCAAUUAUUAAUUUAGUGACAAACUGAAAAACCAUAUGACCCUAAACCAGGUGUAUAGUCGCUGUAGGUUCAAGUGGGGUAGCUCUCAAUCGCAAACACUGAGCAGUACGCACACAUUUAUAGUUGGAGGAAAUCAGGAUUCAGACGUUGUAAAUGAUAAAACUGCUUUGAGUCUUAUUGUGUUUGUUUCAGUAUGUAGGGAAAUCUUGUAGCACCUUUGAGAAUAACUGAAAGAAAGAUGUUGGCAGCAUGAGCUUUUUUAGACUUCAGUCUGCUUCCUCAGAUGCAUUUGGAGUUAGCAGACAUGUGCCUGAGGAACUAGACUUAAGUCUACAAAAGCUCAUGUUAUCAACUUCUUUCUUUCAGUGAGUCUUGGAGGAGCUAUAUGAUCUCUCUACAUAUUGAUUCUACAGACUAACAUGGCUAUAUCUUUGAAUUCUACCACUGUGUUCGUUUCAGUAAGGGAUAUAUUUAUAUCACUUAUAUUUCCCCCAUAUACAGAGUAUGACAUAUAGCCAAAAUCGGAAUAUACCUGUCUGCAUGGUAGUCUCUCUCUCCCUCCAAACUCUGCUGGACAUUAGCCCUAAAGUUUGCAUGCUUCAACAUUCAAAAGCACAAGAUUAAAGUAGGCAACCUAAUUCAGCCGGGAAAUUCAUUGGAUGAUCUUGGCUCAGUCUCCUUUUCUCAGUUUAACCUACUUCACAAGACUGUUGCGACAACGGAGGGGAGGGACAAAGCCUUAUUUGCUGCCAUGAACUCAUUGGGUGGAAGCUGGUACGUAGCUCAGGCUUAAAGACCUCACGGCCUGGAUUAUCUUCUCUGGUCUUUAGGACAAGAGUGGGGACUAUCAAGAGCUAUGGUUACCCCUUCCUCUACUGUUGAGCUGCUAAGAAAUGGAUCUAAUGGGUCAGAAUGUGAAAUCAAGGAUGGCUUCUUAGCAGAGACUCUGCCCAUAACAUACUCCAUCAUCUCCAUCAUUGGUUUCUUUACCAACACCUUGGCCCUCUGGGUGUUCUAUUUUGGCACCCAGAAGAUGAACUCCAUCACAGUUUACUUGAAGAACCUUGCCGCUUCCGACCUCCUGCUUGCCCUUUGCCUGCCUUUCAGGGCAGCUUAUCAAAACCGGAGUGGUCCCUUGAUCCUCUGCAAAGUGGUUGGCAUCAUCUUCUAUGUCACCAUGUAUGUCAGCAUCUUCCUUCUUAGCCUGAUCAGCUUGGAUCGCUACCUCAAAAUCAUCAGGCCCUUCCAAAAAUACAGAAUCCACACUGUGUCUCACAGCACAACCGCAUCUAGGGCAGUGUGGUUGCUUUGCGCUGCAGCAAUGCUGCCUUACCUUUUUGAGAAUGGUGAGAGGGAGCCCUGCAGCCACAAAUGCUUCCAUUUCAAGAUGAGGAGCAUAGUGGGAGCAGCACUCAAUAUGGUGGCAGUCGCCACCUUCUUCUUCCUCUUGCUAUUUUUCCUCUAUUCUUACGGCAAAAUUUCCUGUAAGCUCCACACAGUCUCCUUCAAGAAAACUAAGCUGCAGAGCAAGAGGACUAGCACCAGAGCCAUGCUGAAAACCUUUGUUGUCCUGGUCAUCUUCAUAACGUGUUUCACCCCUUACCAUGUAGUCCGAGUGCCAUAUAUCCUUGCCCAGGUGGGGGUCAUUUCUGACACAUGGAGUAGACAGGCUCUCCAUCUUGUGAACGAACUGGUCCUUUGCAUCUCUGCUCUCAACUGCUGCUUUGACCCUGUGAUGUUCUUCUUUCUGUCCAGCAGUUUCAAGAGAGCAAUGUUGGCUCCCACCCGUGGAAAACUGAAAGGAGCAAUUCAGAAAAACCAGGGAGUCUUAAAUCCUAGGAAAUCUAAUUCAGAUUCUAGGAUCCAGGGAACUUGAGGUGCAAGAUGAUGUACAGAAAACUUGAGUCUCAGAGUCUAUGGAAGAUAUACAAUGAAGAUGCAAAUACAACUGGGAGACAGUGGCUAUGCAGUGAAGACUGUAAUUACUGGUGAACUUUUACAUUUGAGCCCACCAGAUGGGAUAUAUUCCUGGGAAAGAACUGGGGGAAAUAAAGAGUAAGGGUCUUUUAGUGCUACCUGGUCAUGCUCUUCCACUGUAAGUUAUAUACAGCAUUGCAAUUGAAUGUACAGGCUAGAUACUUAUGUGCUGCGUAACUCAAGGGUAAGGACAGUAUGUAGAGAGAGAGAGCUUGUAGCACCUUUGAGGCUACCGUAUAUACUUGACUAUAAGUUGAUCUCAUGUAUAAGUCGAGGGCAGGUUUGAGGGCCAAA